AUGCCCAUGGUUGUACCAAAUGUUGUGACGUGGAAAUGGAUUGUGGAGCGACAGUAUAAUAUGCAUCUACUAGCUCUUGGCAUCUCCGAUCGCAUAAAUUCCCACAUCCAACGCGAUGUUAGAGCAACAAACUCAUACGUUGCGAAGAGUGACGUGAAACAAAGACCCUCAAGCCCAAACUGGAUGGAUGCUCGCAUGGAUGGCACCAGUGACGAUCGGCAACAAACCGACGUGGAUCCCGCAACCGGUUUCAGCGUGAGGCGUUAG